AUGGAGCCUGGUGUUGAUCUACAACUGGAGAUUUUGCAAAAUGGAUUGCACCCAUCGGAGAUGGAACAAUGGGUGGACCAAAUGAUGGUUAUGCGAAUGUUAACAUCCCACCAGAUAUGUUGUUGCCCUCUACAUGACCACAUAACCACAAUUGUAAAUAGUACAUUUCUCAUGUUCAAAAAUGGUGGAUGCGAUCAUAAGUAUCUAGAAUGUCGCGCAAUAUUGGCCCUAACUCUUGAUGUGGUUAACUCCAUCAACGAGUAUCUGAGUCAUUUGCAUGUAGCUGAGAGCAAGACAUACUUCAGUUGCAACACAGUUUGUAAGUCUAACUCAAGUGACAGUAUCCUUGCAGAUUUGCAUACUCCAGGGUUUCUAAAUUGGUUGCGAGCAUCUGGUAUCCCCAACCAUGCUCUAGCACUUAAGGUGCGUUCCCCUGUAAUGUUAUUGCGGAAUAUCGAUCACUCAAUGGGGUUAUGCAAUGGUACUAGGCUGGUCAUUACCAAAUUAUCGAAGCAUGUUAUAGAAGCAAAGAUAGUUUCUAGUAACAACCGCGGGACUAGGGUGUUGAUACCAAGGAUGUCAAUGACUCCGACUGAUAUAAGAUUGCCUUUCAAAUUCCAAAGAAGGCAAUUCCCGCUUAUGCUGUCAUAUGCAAUGACCAUUAAUAAAAGCCAAGGACAGACGCUAUCUCACGUAGGACUGCUGCUGAAGAAACAUUUUUUUGUACAUGGUCAAUUGUAUGUUGCUACUUCAAGAGUUAGCAACCCGAACGGUUUAAAGAUCUUGAUUGGCAAUGAAGGUGAUAUGAGUUGUACUUCAACUACAAAUGUUGUUUAUCAUGAAGUGUUCAACAAUUUGUAA